GGAAGCUUCGGCGACUGCAUUUUUGUGAUAAUUUCCUAGUAAAAUAAUCAAUUUGGCAAGGUGUGCCAUAGAAUUACGGACCCCUAGAGCGAAAUGGGGACGAUAUCCGAUGGAUGUCGGCUGUGUUUGGAUCCAUUUGCGGAAAAUUUUAUCACCAUCAAGAGCCCACAGUUGAAGGAGCAAAUGGAAAAGGUUUUCAGCUUUGUGAUCGAAUCCAAACCAGGAUGCUCCACCAGCGUAUGCCAGAGCUGUUGGUACACAAUCUCCGAGUUCUACAAGUACUCAGAGAAAGUACGCCAGAAUCAGGAACUCCUAAAUGGUGACACAACUACCAUCGAACCACCAACCGACGACUGCAAGGUCCCAUUCGAAACCAUAAAAGUCGAGCCAACAAUACCGAGUGAUUGCGAUUUGGACGAUUCAACCGUGGUAUCCGCUGAACUAAUGCUGAAGACAGAACUCCCAAACAAGACACCGGAUCCCACCGUCAGUGAUGAUGAUGAUUCGUAUAAGUCACCUCGUCGGAGAAAUCCAUCAACCGGGAAGCGAAGAGGUCGCCCGAGGAAACGGAAAGCCGAAGACUCCGAGUCGGAAACCGAGAAGCCGAAGAAGCCCGAGAAAGCUCCCGCCAGACCUCAGGAAGAGAUCGACAAAGAAGAUCAACUGCUGAACGAACACUUCCGCAUGGUUUGCGAGCUUUGCAGUGCAACGGCGCCGAACUUCAAUCUGCUGCACAGUCAUUUCCGAAGGAUACACAAACGACGAAUCGGGUACGUAGUUUGCUGCAAUAAGAAACUGUUCAAACGUCGGUCGCUGCUGGAGCACAUCACUUUUCACGCCGAUCCGGAUGCAUUCCGGUGCAAGGUGUGCAACAAAAAGUACAAGAACAAGGACACCCUGGACAUGCAUAUGCUGGAUAUGCACUCGAACGAAGAUCAGCGCCCGUUCAAGUGCGAUCACUGUCCGCAAUCUUUCGCGCGGAAAAAUGCUCUCGUUUUGCACAUGGAGAGCCAUCAGAAGUUCGAGUGCUCGCAGUGUGACAAGCUGCUGUCCAGCAAGCAAGCUCUCAAGACGCACGUGGUCAACAUGCACAGCGACAAGGAUCGUUCGAUGGUUUGCGACACCUGCGGCCAGGAGUUCCGGUCCAAGCAGUGCUUCGAGCGGCACGUGAACGAGCACAUGGGAAUUGUGCAGCGGUUUCAGUGUGGCAUCUGCCAACGGUGGCUGAAGGGGGAACGCAAUUUUCAGAACCAUAUCAAUUUCAUCCACGACCAGAAGGGACAGGUCUUCAAGUGCGACGUCUGCCAGCAGGACUAUCCGAAUUUGCGAGCUCUACAGAGUCACAAGCGGGCGGUUCAUGCCGAGGCGAAGUACGAGUGUGAGUUCUGCGGGAAGAAGUUCAGGAAGGCGGUGGCGUUGAAGGAACACCGGACAACCCACACGGGCGAGGUGCUAUAUUCCUGUGAGGUAUGCGGAGUGGCAAAGAACUCCAAAGCUAAUCUGUACGCACACGUCAAGCAAAGGCACCCGGUGGAGUACGCGGAGAAGAAACUGAGGGCAGAACAGUCGAAUGCUCCUCAGGCGUGAGUUUGGAAAGAGAUG